GAAGUAAUGCCCCACCCCACCAACUCUUGCAUUCGCACGGGAGGGGGCGUGUGAGAUUGCAAACCAGCGGUUUUACAGAUUUCCCUGCAAAUAAGCAAAAUUGUAAUCAUUUAGUAUGUUUCCGCUGACUGAGGAAAACAAACCUGUGGCUCAGCUGUUGCUCAAUUCUGGCACCUGUCCAAGAUGUAUCUUCAGACUCUGUGGUGUGGAUGUUCAUGUACCUUACAAACUUCCAUACAAGGAGUUGGUCAAUGAUCUACAGAAAUUUUUGGAAACUGGAAAAGAUGAAUUAAUUUUGGAAGUGCCAAACCCACCUCCCAAGAAAAUUCGGCUGCAAGAACUAGAAGAUGGGAUUGAUAACCUGAGUCAGAACGGAGAGGGCAGGAUCUCUGUCACUGAAGAUGGAAACAUUGCUUCCAAGAACUCAAAUUUGAGCGUAUGCAAUGUUUGCCUAGGAAUUCUCCAAGAAUUCUGUGAGAAAGAGUUUAUUAAAAAGGUGUGCCAAAAGGUUGAGGCUUCUGGGUUUGAAUUCACCAACCUGGUAUUUUCGGUUUCCUUCCCACCACAGCUUUCUGUAAGAGAGCAUGCUGCAUGGUUGCUGGUAAAACAGGAAAUGGGAAAGCAUAGUCUGUCGCUGGGAAGAAAUGAUAUAGUUCCACUAAAAGAAGCCUACAAAUGGAUAACUCACCCUCUGUUUUCAGAAGAACUGGGUGUUCCCAUUGAUGGAAAGAGCUUGUUUGAAGUGAGUGUGGUCUUUGCUCACCCAGAAACAGUUGAGGAUUGCCACUUCCUUGGUGCAAUUUGCCCAGAUUGCUUCAAGCCUGCCAAAAACAAACAGUCGGUAUUCACUAGAAUGGCAGUUAUGAAAGCUUUGACUAAGAUAAAAGAAGAAGAUUUCCGCAAGCAGUUUCCUUGUCCUCCAAACUCACCAAAGGCUGUGUGCACUGUUCUUGAAAUUGAAUGUGCUCAUGGUGCUGUUUUUGUGGCUGGGAGAUACAAUAAGUACUCCAGGAAUCUACCACAAACUCCAUGGAUAAUUGAUGGAGAAAGGAAGCUGGAAUCUUCAGUGGAAGAAUUAAUUUCAGAUCAUUUGUUGACAGUAUUCAAAGCAGAGAGUUUUAAUUUCUCAUCCUCUGGAAGAGAAGACGUAGAUGUAAGAACACUAGGAAACGGAAGGCCCUUUGCAAUUGAGCUGGUGAAUCCUCAUAGAGUACAUUUCACUCCACAAGAAAUUAAGGAACUUCAGCAGAAAAUUAAUAAGUCAUCUAACAAAAUCCAAGUACGUGACUUACAGCUUGUCACAAGAGAGGCAAUAGGACACAUGAAAGAAGGUGAAGAAGACAAGACCAAGACCUAUAGUGCUUUAAUAUGGACAAGUACAGCAAUACAGAAGAAAGACAUUGAAUUCCUAAAUGAUAUAAAGGACUUAAAGAUCGACCAGAAAACACCUCUCCGGGUCCUUCACCGUAGGCCCUUGGCUGUGAGGACUCGGGUUGUCCACUCCAUGGAGACACACUAUGUGGAUGAACAUCACUUUCGCCUCUGUCUGAAGACUCAAGCUGGAACAUACAUUAAAGAGUUUGUACAUGGAGACUUCGGCAGAACUAAGCCGAACAUUGGCUCUCUGAUGAACGUGACUGCAGACAUUCUUGAGCUGGAUGUAGAGUCUGUAGAUGUUGAUUGGCCACCUGCUUUGGAUGACUAAUUUUCACAUUUGGAGACAAGAUUAGGAUUUUCCUGGCAUGAUGUGGACACCCAUGCAGCAUACCCUGAAAAUGGCUGUUUACCUACCAUAUCGGUGUCUUGGAAACCACUUGGAUCAUGUUGAUCUGUUUUUAAAUUUUGUCAUAACAUCUCAGGAUAUAUAAAUAUAUAGUGUUGAAUUGUUCCAAGGAUAUCUUAUCAUUUAUCUCAUUCCCUCUCUCACUUUCACAAAUGAGACUCUCCUUAAUUCUUUCUUUAGAGAUGUAUGCAAACAGGAAACACUGUUAAUCCAAAAAGUUGUAAUUUCUUUCAGCAAGAUUUCUUCCACAGGAGGCAUACUGCCUUUAAAAUCAUGUUCUGAAUUUUUUAAAUUAUCUGAAUAAAAGUGAUAACUAGAUUUAUGUAGCAAAGUAUCUUAUAAUCUAAGAUAUCAAAUGCCAAAUCUAACAUCAUUAAUAUUUUUCUCAGUAUACCUCAAGCAAGCUAUUACCAAUGGAAGUACUUUUGGGUGUGAUUUGUUAUAAAUCUUAGUGACUUCAAGUUAUUAUUUUGACAACCUAAAAUUGCCGGUGCAUUUCUCCUGUGGAGGGAAAGUGAACCUUGGAAAUUGAAGCACAACAUGGCAAGAGGCACUCACAAAUCUUUUCAAUAAGGAGAAGUAAGUGCCUGCAAUAACUUCAGUCCCAGGGUUAAGAAUUUAAAAAAAAAAAUUGAGAUGCUAAACAAAAGUAAAGUGAAUUAUUUCACUGUUACAAUGUAUUAGCCAGUUUUAAAUAUCUUAAUAAGCCAGGUAGGAUAUUGUCUCCAAUUUUCUAAAUAGGAAACCAAAAGAGUAAAAGUUAAAUGACACCUAAAUGUUUAGUUACUUCCGUAUAUAGGAUACAACUGAAGCUAGUCCCUAGGGUCCUUUCUAAUAAACCCUUAUUAUUGGUCACCUGUUGUACAAUGGAGACACCUAUGAAUGCCAACUAAACUCACACACAUAACCAUGAGAAUUGACUUUUGGGAUUCAACUAUCAAGGAGCUUACAAAAAAUGGGCCAAGUAUAUUUCAUGAAGUCUCCAUAAUUAUCAUUGGUUAAUAAGGUAAUCAUCAGUUGACACUAUAAGAGGGAAAAAUCUUAAAUAAGUGAACCUAAAGAAAUUAGAUGUAUCAUUAGGAGAAAAUUUUCAGAAAGGAGGCUCAUUAAAAUUCCAGAUUUAAGUAUAAUUUCUAUCAGUUCAACUAUUUGGGUUUUUAGAUACAUAUGACUUGGAUAGUAUUUGAUUACAAUUUCUCAUUUCUGUAUUAAACAUAGCUCACAGACACCAAGAUCUGCUUUAGAUAUCAGAAAAUGGUUAUAAUUGACAUGAAACAUCAGCUUGCUACUUUGAAACCAUGUGUUUCAUCAUGUGUAAAAAAUAGCAAAUGCAUUUUUCAUGAUUGUCAAUGCCAGAAAAUGAGAAAGAGAUGGCAGAAAUAAACUUUGAUAGAAUGGUUAAGAACA